AUGGCCACUGAACAGUUUGCCAACAAACUGCAGGAGGAAGUGAUCUGUCCCAUCUGCUUGGACAUUCUGCAGGACCCUGUCACCAUUGACUGUGGGCACAAUUUCUGCCUCGGACGCAUCACUCAGAGUGGGGAAGCAUGAGGUUUUUUUGUUCCUCUAAGGAGGAACACAUUCAGGCCCAACUGGCUGUUGAUGAAUCUGGUAGAGAAAAUCCAAGCUAUGGGUUCCUCUGAGAUGCAGCCUGAAACGGAAGAGCUGAGAUGUCCGAGACACAGGGAGAGGUUCCAUUACUUCUGUGAGCAUGAUGGGAAGUUCCUCUGUGUGGUGUGUCGUGAAUCCAAGGACCACAAAUUCCAUGAUGCCAGCUUGAUAGAAGAAGCUGCCCAGAAUUAUCUGGGGAAGAUUCGAUGGCAGGUCGCGUUCCUGCAGCAUCAAGAGGAGACUGUGCAAGAGAAGACGCAAGGCGAAGCGAAGACCAAAGCCUUCCCGCUUCAGGUGGAGUAUGAGCGGCAGAAGAUCCUCACAGAAUUCCAGCGCCUGCACCAGGUCCUAAAGAAGGAAGAGAUUUUCCUCGUGUCAUGGAUCGACUGGCUCGGUCACGAGGGAGCCAAUGGAGGGAAACACCACGUCACUUCCACUGAGGCACAGCUGACCUCUCUCAGGAAGCUCGUUGAUUCCCUGAAGACCAAGCAGCAAAUGCCUGCUGGACAGCUGCUCGAGGUGAGACACAGAGUCCCUUGA